AUGCAAUUUUCUGCGCCCAUAGGCACCCCACCUGGCAAUCUUGUCAUUGAACAUGACAUCGAAGGUUUUCCACGGUGCGAUCGUCCAUUCCAUCAGCCUGGGUGAACUCGAGGUCAUCGAGAAUGGCACGCUUAUCGUGGAUGCGGACGGCGUGAUAGUCGCACUCGAGAAGUCCUGCGACGAGGCUGUGUCCAUCCCCGGUGCCGAAGUAUACCAUCUGGCGCCCGGAGAAAUCCUGAUUCCCGGCUUCGUCGAUACGCACAACCACGCGCCGCAAUGGCCAAUGCGUGGUCUAGGACAAGGCCUACACAUCCUCGAAUGGCUGGAUCAAGUCACCUUUCCCGUGGAAGCACGUUUCGCGGAUGCCGAAUAUGCCCGCAAGACGUAUGAGAACACUGUCUCCGACUUCUUAAGGCAAGGUAUCACGACCGCUUCGUACUAUGGCUCGCGGCAUGCUGAGGCAACGCGCAUCUUGGCUGAGAUAUGUCUUGAGAAGGGGCAGCGGGCGUUCGUCGGCAAAUGUAACAUGGACCGCAAUGCACCCGAGUACAUAUGCGAGCAAAGUGCUGAAGUUUCCCUGCGCGAGACUUGGGACUGCGUCGCGCAUAUUCGACAACUACCGGGAUGCAGUGACCCAGAGUAUGCACUGGUAAAACCCGUUCUGACUCCUCGAUUUGCAAUAUGCUGUACACCCAAAUUGCUCAGAGGCCUGGGCGACAUGAUGAACGCCGACACCGACCUUGCCAUGCAGACACACUUCAACGAGGCCCAACAGGAGAUCGACGCAACCAGAGAAUUGUUCCCAGAUCUUGCCGCGAGAAGCGAGGCUGAUCUAUAUGAAAGCUUCGACCUUCUGGGGCGAAGAUCCAUUCUCGCACACUGCACCAUCAUGACCGACUACGACAAAGAGCGGUUGAAGGCGCUGGAGUGCGGUGUUGCCCAUUGCCCGAUCGCGAACAUGACAGUCGGGGGUGGCUUUAUGGUUGCUCCUGUACGGGACUUUAUGCGGCGCGGGAUCAAGGUUGGGCUUGGUACGGACAGUGGUGGUGGAUGGGCGUCGCAGAUGCUGUCUGUCAUCCGGCAGACCAUGAUUGCUUCGAACGCCCAAGAGGUCAUGUCUCAGGGUGCGGACAGAGGGCUUACGUUGGAGGAGGUUUUUUAUCUUGCCACUUUGGGAGGUGCGCAGGUACUGUGUCUUGAUGACCAGAUUGGGAAUUUCAAGGUCGGCAAACAGUUCGAUGCAUCGUGGAUCACGACCACGACGGGGUUGCAAUCUGCAAUGACACCGCGCGAGGAGGGCGAUUCGGUCCGCACAAUCUUUGAGAAGUACGUCAUGUCUGGUGACGACCGCAACAUAUCACAUGUGUAUGUGCGUGGUCGUAGAGUAGCUGGG